AUGUCUUGCUGUGGAGAAUCGCGCAGUGACGCGCAAAAAGCUCAACAGAAUCAAGCGGGACUGCAACAGGGACAAUUUCAGUACAAUCCAAAUGCUCCUCCAAUCACGCAGCAGCCUGGGAUGCACCCGCAACCGACCAUGAAUCAAUAUCCCAACCAGCAGACACCGGGCGCAUUUCCAAACCAGUUCGGAGCUGCAAAUAUGCCUGGUCAAGCCUGGAAUCCGCAUAUGAGCAUGAGUGGAUACCCACAGCAAGUGCCCAUGGCUGGCCAUCAACAGCAGCCCUCUGGCCAGUGGGGAGCGUCUCCUGCGCCAGGACCAACACCUCCACCGAAAGCUGCAACCCAUGGCUCAGGCACAUACACUCCACUUUUGGAUCCAAAUAUCGUCAGACCAUCACCAGUACAUAUACAAGAUGCACGUACGAAUAGUACUAGCCCGCCAUUGACCGCCAGCGGGACUAGUGGAUGGCAAUCUGCACAAAAUAGCGCAUUCAACGGUCCGAUGGCGGUUCCUGGAGCUCCGCCAAUGAACCAAGACGAGGGCAAGCUCUCCAUCGCGAUUGACUUUGGCACAACGUUCUCCGGUGUCGCCUACGGCUCCUCUCGGAUCGCAGCCGGCACUGUCCAGCAAAUUCUCCAUUGGCCAGGGUCAUUCGAAACAUUCCGCAAGAUACCAACGUGUCUCUUGUUCAAGCUAUUCCUAGAGCCCAAGGCUCUUCGUGACGAUGCCGAAGUUGAUCCUAGACUUCCUCGAUUGCCCGUGCGUAUCUCCUUGUCCUCUCCGACGACCGCCUUGCUCAAGUACCUUCGUUUACCCACGCGUGAUUCUCCUGGAAAAAAACCAAUCGAUGCCAUUAUCGACUUCUUGUCGGCCCUGUGGGACUAUGCAAAGGAACAGAUCACCCGAGAGAUUGGGAGUGUCGCAGACUUGAACAGUGCCGACGUCUGGUUCACGGUUCCAGCCGCAUGGGAUGCAAAGGGCUGCAGCAUUAUGCGAGAAGCCGCAAUUACGGCCGGCCUCGUCCAGAGCGCACGGGCUGGAGACAGGAACUGGCGCGACCGUCUUAGGAUCAUUACCGAACCCGAGGCUGCCGCCGUUCAUUGUGCCCAUCUCACCAAUUUGCACCAUCUCAAGCCUGGACAAAACUUUAUGAUUUGCGACGCGGGAGGUGGCACAGUCGAUCUCGCAGUUUACCGCACGAUUGGCCAGCUCCAGAACUUGGAGAUUGCGGAGGUUUGCGCGCGGAGUGGUGCGAAUUGUGGAAGUAUCUUCCUGGAUCUUCGCUUCCGGGAGCUAGUCAAAACCCUGCUGGCAGAUCACCCUGCGCACCUUGAUAAUGCCAGUUUGGCAUAUUUCAUGCAUUCUUUCAGCGAGACGGACAAGAUCACGUACGAAGGGGAAUCCCAAGAUGGUAAGAGGGCCUUGAUCGCCGUCUCGGGUGGCGCCUUUCCAGAAAUGAUGUUCCACUUUACAUGCUUCAACGUUGAGGAUCCAGAUGAUCCUUCUGUGGGACUCUUCAAUGGCGAACUCUCGAUCCCGGGCAAUCUUUUGAGACGAGAGGUUUUCGACCCAGUAAUCAACGAGGUGUUGCAACUUAUCGAAGACCAACUCAAACGCACGGAACAAGUCGUGGACGCACUCAUGUUGGUCGCCCCAAUCUGUGGUUUAGAGUCUGACCCUGAUAUCCGUCCAUUGGGCCACGACUUCUCGACUUCGAUGAUCGAUGCCGCAACCCUGACUGUUCAUCUAUGUGCACCAAAUGUCCUGACAAUGGAGCGGUUUGGAACACGAAUCAAAGUGAUUGCCAGGCCGUCGGAUGCAGACACGGCGACCCUACGAGGGGCAGCUCAGUAUGGUCUGGCUCGCCGACCUCUUGUCUCAAGUGUCGUCGCGCCUCGGGCGUACAUCAUGCGUGUCAAGCUGCCAGCCGAACACGAAGACUAUAUGAAAAGACCCGCCUAUAUCCAUAACAACCCGUCGGGGGUUCCUAUUUGCGAAAACAGGCUAAAAUAUCUCGUUCACAAGGGAGCUAUUAUCCGCAAGGGCCAGAUGAUUCGCGCGCCUUUUUGCAAAUAUUCUGCGAAUGCAGCAGAUCGGAUGUUUGUGGCAGUCCUCUAUACAUCCGAAGUCGACAGGGAGAUGCGGUAUACAGAUGAAGGCGAAACGACCGAGCUUUGCAAGUGGACGGUGGAUCUGGGCACGCUGCCGACGUUCCAGAACGCACCGCCAAACCAAGGAUUCUACACGGUUUGA